AUGCGCGGCUCCGCGGACGCCGUCGCGGUUGCUCGGGACGUGGCCUCGUCGAGCCCGUCGAAGCCCGCGUCGGCAUUGGACAUGAUGAGAUACCCGAGGCCGAGCUCAGACGGCCUCCCGCUGCCCAAUGGCAUCGGCAGCAGCGGCGCCAGCAAGAAGCCUGCAGCGCCAACGCCGGUGCCGGCGCCGCCGGCCCCCAGAUCGAGCAAGGAUGACGUGGCGCCGCCGGCCGUCGCCACCGACAGCUCCCGCCUGGCGGCGUUCCUGGCCACGACGUCGCUCGAGCCCAAGCCGCGCCCUCGCGCGCCGCAGACGCAGGCGCAGGCCGCGCCUACCUCGGCGCCCACCUCUGCCGCCGCCGCCGCGGCGACCAAGAGCCCCGCGCGCGACCACGGCCACGGCGGCAACGGCCAGCACCCCUCCUCCGACAACUCCGACCCCGCCUCGCCGAGCUCCACCGGAGCAGGCGAAUUGCUGCUCCAGUGGGGACAGAACAAGCGCAUGCGGUGCCGCCGCGACUCCGCGUCCGCGUCGCCGCAGCGCCGGCAGGCGGGCGGCGGCAAGAUCCAGCGCCGCUCGUCGUCUCCGGCGGCGGACAAGCUGAUGCCGCCCCCGAGCGCCGCGCCCUACACCCGCGCGUCCAACCUCCGCUCCGCCUCGCCUCUCCCUCCGCGCUCGGCUUCGGGCUCCGGCUCCUCUGGCGACGCGCACCACGCCCGCCCCCACCACCCCUUCAGAUCGGCGGAGGACCGUGCCGCGGGGAAGUUCUCGGCGGCGGCGGUGGCAGCGGCGAGGGCCGAGAAGCAGCGUGCGGUGUCGCCGCACAAGGUAGGCCCGGGCUCCGUGAUGGGCCUGGGCGUCCCGGACCCGAAGCCGCAGCAGCAGUACAACCAGGGCGGCAGCGGCAGUGGCAGUGGCCAGCAGGCCGGUGCGGCGGCGGGGGCGUCGUCGAAGCCGGCACCGAAGCUGGAGGUGCCGCGGAUCUACACCACGCUGUCCCGGAAGGAGAAGGAGGAUGACUUCAUGGCCAUGAAGGGCACCAAGCUGCCGCAGCGCCCCAAGCGGCGGCCCAAGAACGUCGAGAAGACCAUCAAUGCGAUCUGCCCCGGGAUGUGGCUGACGGAUGUGAUCAGGAGCAGGUACGAGGUGCGCGAGAAGAAGUGCCCCAAGAAGCAACAGAAGAACCGGGGGCUCAAGGGGAUGGAGUUGGAGAGCAGCGACUCCGACUGA